GUCAGUGAGACAAACUGCUGUAUAAAAGGUUCACCUCGACACUCCUACAAACACAUGGUAACCAUUUCGCUGGCAUCAUGCUCGGUCUGCAGAAAAUCCUGCUCCUCCAUCUUCUGGCAUGCGUCAGAAAGCUUGCACAUGGAAGUGACAUCAUACAUGGCAAAAAAGCCCCAGAGAACUCGAUGCAGUACAUGGCCUCUGUGCAGGACAACAAUGGUCGACAUGUUUGUGGAGGAUUUCUCAUCAAGGAGGACUUUGUAGUCUCGGCUGCACACUGUGAUGACUCCAACCCCACACACAUUGUUCUUGGCAACCACAAUCUGAAGAAUGGCAAUCAUCAAAAAAUAAGGAUUGAAAACAAAAUCAUCCAUGAAAAUUAUCAACGGGUUGGACUGGGUGAUGACAUCAUGCUCCUUAAAUUGACUCAGAAAGUUCAGCUAAAUGGCAGAGUACAAACAAUUCAGCUUCCACCUGCUGAAAUACACCUUCAAGAAAACCAAGUGUGUCAGGUGGCUGGAUGGGGAAAAACUAAAACUGAUGAUAAUAAACCUGCUGAUGAGCUGAUGGUGGUGGACGUGUCUGUCAUUGACAAACAAGUCUGUAAGGACCAGUGGGGUGGUGUUCCUGCCAACGUUAUCUGUGCAGGUGGAUACAAAACAACCAAAGGAUUCUGUCAGGGUGAUUCUGGGGGACCUCUGGUGUGUGACGGGUUAGCUGUUGGCAUUGUUUCUUACAACCACAAUGGUAUCUGCAAUUACCCAGAGGAUCCCAAUGUCUACACCGACGUCAGGAAAUACCUUCAAUGGAUCAACAAAACUGUGACUGACAGAAACAGUUUUGUGUAAAAGUUCAGCUUUUGCAUACUGAAACUUAAAUAUUUUGAAGUGGUUUUCUCUGCUUGCUUUGUCAUUGUGACCAAAAAAUGGAAAUAAAAAUGCAUCU